UUUUUUAGGUUCACAAGGGACCAGUUGUCACAUACAAAUAUCAGUUGUAUGGAAUAGCGUGAGUGGUGAACAAGUAAUUGUGCCAGCAAAUUAAAAUAUACAAAAUCCGUCCGUUAUAAAUUUUCAAAACCGUUAAAUUAUUCGAAAUUAGUUAAAUCCUGUGAUAGAAAAACAAACAAAACAAACUUUCAACAUGUCGAACUCAGAUAGCGAAGAAGCGUUUAAUAUACGCAUUGGUUAUUAUAGACCAGAAACUAUGGAAAUUGCCAAAAAUGAAUUACGUGAAACACCAGAAGUUAAAGAGGCUGCUAUUAAAGAAUUGCGUGAAUUAUUAAACUCCUGCUCUGACCUUCACUACAGAGAUGAUGACGAUUUCUUGGUUAUAUUCUUGAGAGCCUGUCAUUUCUAUCCCCAGAGUGCUUUUGAAAAGAUGAAAACCACCGCCGCAUUCCGUAAGGAAAAUGCCGCCCUUUUGCAUGGUUUGGUAAUCGAACAAGUUAAAGAGAAAUUUGUUAAUUUUGGUGUCAUAAAUGUCUUGAAAAAUUGUGAUCAACUUGGACGUCGUGUUUUGAUUGUUAACUGUGGUGAAUUGUGGAAUCCAAAUGAAGUGCCUUCUGAUGAUGUUUUCCGUAUGUUGUAUAUGGUACAUAUUGCCGCUCAGUUGGAGGAGGAGACACAAAUACGUGGUGUCGUUUGCAUAAUGGACUUUGAUGGUCUUUCCAUGAGACAAGUUAAAGCCUUGACGCCCAGCUUCUCGAAACGUUUGUUGACCUUUAUACAAGACGCUAUGCCACUGCGUAUGAAGGAGGUACAUUUCGUGAAACAGCCCUUCAUCUUCAAAAUGGUUUGGUCUCUCUUCAAGCCAUUCGUUCGUGAGAAAUUGAACAAGAGAAUGCACUUCCAUGGCAGUGACAUGAAAUCAUUGCACAAAUUCUUGGAUCCCGAAUUUUUGCCUGAAAACUAUAAGGGUAAUCUGCCAAAAAUUGACUAUGACGGUAAAGAUUGGCUACCAGCUGUAGAGAAACAUACAGACUUUGUCAAUGAAUGGUCUGAAUUUGGCCCCGCCAAGUGGUAAAUUCCACUCAGUAAAUUUCUAAGACUAAAUUUAAAGCAUUCCUUAGACAAGUAUAAUAAAGAUUGAUUUUGAUUAUAAGAAUAAAAACAAAAAUAAAUAAAAAAAAGAGUUUAUAAAUAUUUA